CGUGUGCUCUUCCGCUGUCCCUGGCCUCGCAUGUUCCCCUCUAAAUUCCUGUUUUGAAUUUGAUGCCCCUCUUGUAGAUUUGCUCCAUUAUUGCGCCUCUGAAAGGCCACGGUCGGGCGUGUGUACACCGGUGUUUAUUUGUCCCAGUAUUUGACGUUUAGAGACUAACAGGAACAUGGCCGUGGUGAGCGGAUCGUCUGGGCCGGUUGCCCGGCUCGAGGGCCGUGAAUUCGAAUACAUGAUGAAAAAGCGCUCGGUAACCAUCGGCCGGAACUCGUCUCAGGGCUCCGUGGACGUGAGCAUGGGCCACUCCAGCUUCAUCUCACGGAGGCAUCUGGAGAUAUUCACCGCCAGCGACGACGGCACCGGCAGCGGAGAUUUCUACCUGAGGUGUCUCGGUAAAAACGGGGUGUUUGUAGACGGAGUGUUCCUCAGACGGGGCGCCCCUCCUCUGCAGCUACCGCGAAUGUGCACUUUCAGGUUCCCCAGCACAAACAUCAAGAUCACAUUCACAGCCCUGUCCAGUGGGAAGAAAGUGAGGCGUGAAGCUCCGGAGUCCCCAGUGAAACCAGUACAGCCCCAGAUCUCCCCCCUGACCAUCAACAUUCCAGACAACAUCGCUCACCUAAUGAGCCCCCUGCCAUCGCCCACUGGCACCAUUAGUGCCGCUAACUCGUGCCCCUCCAGCCCGCGAGGCGCAGGCUCGUCAGGCUACAGGAUGGGAGGCCGCAUGGUCAGCUCUGCAGAGCUGCAGCUCCUCAACGACAACUCCCAGCCCGAGAACGACAAAGACGCCUCCGGAGGGGACAGUCCCAAGGACGACUCCAAACCUCCGUACUCCUAUGCACAGCUGAUUGUCCAGGCCAUAACGCUGGCCACGGACAAGCAGCUCACGUUAAACGGCAUCUACAAUCACAUCACAAAGAACUACCCGUACUACAGGACCGCAGACAAGGGCUGGCAGAACUCGAUCCGUCACAACCUGUCGCUGAACCGUUACUUCAUCAAAGUGGCGCGGUCGCAGGAGGAGCCGGGGAAAGGCUCCUUCUGGAGGAUAGACCCGUCCUCCGAGGGCAAGCUCAUCGAGCAGGCCUUCAGGAAACGAAGGCCCCGGGGCGUCCCCUGCUUCAGGACCCCGCACGGACCCCUUUCCUCCAGGAGCGCCCCGGCGUCUCCCAAUCACUCGGGGGUUCUCUCCGCCCACUCCAGCGGCGUCCAGACCCCCGACAGCCUAUCGCGAGAGGGCUCCCCGGUUCCCCUGGAGCUGGAGACCUCCUCGGCCCCCGCUCCGGCCUCCGCCACGGCGGUCCAGUCCAAGCUGGCGGUCAUCCAGGAAGCACGCUUUGCACAAAACACACCAGGCUCGCCUGUUAACAACCAGCCGGUACUCAUAGCGGUCCAGGGUCAGUUACCUCAAACCAUCAAGCCAGUGACCUACACCAUGGCCUCCCCAGUGAGCACCAGCACCUCCCAGCCCGCCGUCCAGACGGUCCACGUCCUGCAGCAGAUCCCGGCGGGGUCCCUCAGCCCCGCCACCGCCGUCAUCGCCCAGCCAGCCACCAUCAUCAACAAGAGCGAGCUGCAGGAGAACGGAGAGCACGCGGAGGUCAAAGUCAAAGUGGAGACGGUUCCCACCAUCACUUCUAUAGGCGGCUCCAGUCGCAUCAUCCAGAGCCCCCAGUCGGCCGCCCCCCUGCAGACUGUUACCAUCGUGCAGCAGACCCCCGUGGGCCAACACCAGCUGCCCAUUAAGGCCAUCACACAGAACGGCACCCACAGCAUCACCACUGCCAUCCAGGGACCCGCCAGCUCAGCUCCAGUAGUGGCGAGCCCCCUCCACCUGCUGGCGACCCACGCCUCCGCCUCCGCCUCCCUGCCCACCAAACGACAGAACGGGGACCAGCUGGCCGCCGAACAGCCGGACGCCAAGCGCGUCAAAUCAGAGGACGAGGCGCCCGCGGCCUCCUCCGCCCCGGCGGCAGACUCGGACUCGUCGGCAGCCAACGACCCAGGCAGCCGCCUCAACUAGUCUGUACAACCACACACCACACAACCCCCCCCACCACCACCACCACCAACUUCUCCUCCCUCCACGGUUUCUCUCUCGUCCCUGUCGUUCGUUCUGUUUCUCCUCCUUCCACCACCGACUCCCGAGGUGCCAAACGGAGAGGAUUCUUUUCAUUUUCAGUUCGGGUUAUCUGUUCUAGAGCAUCAAAAGGAAAAAACAACGUCCACCCCUUUAAAGACUGGAAUGUGGGUCGAGAACAAAAACGGGACAAAGAUGAACUCAGAGGUGUCCCCUGUGAGCCCCUGCAACAGGAGAGUGACUAAACCAAGACCGCAGGAAGCCUUAACAGCAAUUAACCCUUAAGAGCUGACCUUUGACCUCAAGCGGUCCAGCGUGGGAGAGGCCCUGACUCGGCUCGGGCCGGACGCCGCCUCUCUGUCGCAUCUACCUCAGAGCAGAUAGGAGACUCCGGCAGACCGCAUCCUCCCCGGACCCGUCGGGACGAAGCGAGCGGCGAGUGACGAACGUUCGGUGGUUAAAAAAAACGGUCAGAAAGGGAUCAACUCGGAGCCGAUAUUCCUGAAACUCUGGCAGCUAGCCUCUCACAAUACUGACCUUCCUUUAUCGCAGCUGUACGUAGAUAUGCAGUAUUUUGUUGUUCAAAUGUGGAGCAUAGGAUUUUUUUUAAUGACUUUUCACUUACCUAGAUGAGUAAUAAUUUCACGGAAAGGAAGCGUGCAAAAUGAUGAGGUCGAGGACAUUUCGGCAACCGACUUAGAAUUCUCACUUUUUUUAUGUGGACUUCCUUUUCUGUUCGGUGAAACAGUGAACUAGUUUUCGUAACGUUUGUUUCUUUUCCCCUCGUUCUGACAUAUCCAUAUGAAAUUUGCUUAGUUAUACCUACAUAUUUUAAUACUUGCACAGAUAACCGAUAUAAGCAUAUGAAAUCUCCAUGUGUAGUUCCAGAUGUUGACCUUGCAUGUACCCGACAACAGAGAAGUUGUUAACUGUAACUUGAACAGAGGAAAAAAAAAGACCUGCUUUGUCCAAACCAGACCUGCACUUGAUUAAAUGUUUGUGUUUUCAUUUCCCUUCUUUUUGUUUCCCUCCUCCUCUUCCUCCCGGUCCUCCCGGCUGUGUUGACGUUGUGGUGUUGGCAGACCCCCCCCCCCACUCCUUUGCUUGAUUAUUUUACUCUGUUCUGGCGACCUGGCGAGUCUGUUUUCUGAUUGUACACGUUCCAAAACAAUAGUGAAAGAAAAAAAAAUUGAUGUUUGUUCUGCUUCAGUGGAGAAAUGCUUUUUUUUUUUUUUUUAA